AUUUCCUGUGGAAGGAGGAAGGGAGAGGCUUGCCAUCGCAAACUCGUCUCACAGUCCAUCGACCACAGAUACAAACACAUUAACCAUCUGAUCAGAGGACAGGACAGGACAGGCCGAGACGAGGAACGGCGAGCUGGACUACCUGCCCUCAUUUAGCCAUUAAUCUGCCCCGUUGUUGGUUGCAAGGGAAUCGCGUGUUUUUAGUGUUUUUUUGUUUUGUUUUGUUUUUUAAACCAGCUGUUGAUUCAAAGUAGCCACAAAACAAAGACUCCACAGACACGGACGAGCAACUGGACUGUUGGUCCAAACGCUGCAGGAGGUUUAUUCCAUUGCAAAUGCGGUUUUAAAAUAAAUAAAAUAACACCUGGUAGUCUGCUAAAUAGCCGCGGACACUUGUUAAGAAGAAACAGGAAGUGACCUUGCAACACUGCCUACACAUUGAGAAGUCAUAAACACAUACGAUGGAUGUGAAGCUGCUCCUGUUUUCACUUCUUCUUGGACUCAGUAGGGCACAACUAGAUGGUAACGAAUGCACCAAGGCCUCAGCCCAGUCCUGUGGAGAAUGCAUUCAGGCCGGAGAAAAGUGUGGCUGGUGUAUAGACAAGGACUUUCUGAAACAGGGUGAGCAGAAGUCCACACGCUGUGAUGAGGUUGAAGCUCUGAUUAAGAAGGGCUGCUCUGAAGCCAACAUACAAAAUCCUCGGGGGACUGUUAUUGUCAACAAGAACCAACCUUUAACUGACCGCACAAAGGAUGGAGUAAAACUGAAGCCAGAUGAGAUCACCCAGAUUCAACCACAGAAACUCACCCUAGACCUCAGAUCAGGUGAAGCUCAGAAGUUUAAUCUGACAUUCAAGAGGGCUGAGGAUUAUCCUAUAGAUCUCUACUACCUGAUGGACCUCAGCUACUCAAUGAAAGAUGAUUUAGAGAACGUCAAAAACCUGGGAACCACCCUUAUGACUGAAAUGCAAAAGAUCACAUCUGACUUCCGGAUUGGCUUUGGCUCCUUUGUGGAGAAAACUGUCAUGCCUUACAUCAGCACAACACCAGCCAAACUGCUAAACCCCUGCUCAUCAGACCAGAACUGCACCAGCCCGUUCAGCUAUAAAAAUGUGCUGAGUUUGACUGCAAAAGGAACUCAGUUUAAUGAGCUUGUUAGCAAGCAGCAGAUCUCGGGAAACCUGGACUCACCAGAGGGAGGGUUCGACGCCAUCAUGCAAGUGGCUGUCUGUGCGAAUCAGAUCGGCUGGAGGAAUGUUACCCGUCUGCUUGUGUUUUCCACGGACGCUGGAUUCCACUUCGCUGGAGACGGAAAACUGGGUGGCAUCGUGCUUCCUAAUGAUGGGAAAUGCCAUCUGCAGGAUAACAUGUACACCAUGAGCCAUUACUAUGACUAUCCUUCGAUUGCACACCUUGUUCAAAAAUUAAGUGAAAACAACAUUCAGACCAUUUUUGCAGUAACUGAAGAGUUCCAUCCAAUUUACCAGGAGCUGAAAAACCUCAUUCCAAAGUCAGCUGUGGGAACGCUAUCCUCGGACUCGGGCAAUGUGAUAAACCUAAUUAUUGAUGCAUAUAAAUCUCUGUCCUCUGAGAUCAUUCUGGAGAACAAUAGGCUCCCUGAAGGUGUGUCCAUCUCCUACAUCUCGCACUGCAAGAAUGGAGUGAGUGAAGAAGGAGAAAAUGGACGAAAGUGCUCCAACAUCUCCAUUGGAGAUCAGGUGACGUUUGAAGUAGCGAUCACAGCUAAAGGCUGUCCAUCUAAUGGCAAACCAGAGACUAUAAAGAUCAAGCCGCAGGGCUUCACAGAGGAGGUGGAGCUCGUCCUCAACUUCAUCUGUGAAUGUGCGUGUCAUAAAGGGGGAAUCCCGAACAGUUCGGAGUGUAGCGGCGGCAACGGUACCCUGGAGUGUGGAGCAUGCAGGUGCAAUGAGGGACGUAUCGGCAGACUUUGUGAAUGUAGUAAAGACGAGGUCAGAACAGAUGAUCUGGACGCGAACUGCCGCAUGGAUAACGGGACGGACAUCUGCAGCAACAAUGGGGACUGCGUUUGUGGAACAUGUGAGUGCAAAAAAAGAGACAACCCAGAGGAGAGAUACAGCGGGAAGUUCUGCGAGUGUGACAACUUCAGCUGCGACCGCUCCAACAACAAGCUCUGCGGAGGUCAUGGUCGUUGUGAAUGCCGAAAGUGUAUGUGUGACGCUAACUACACGGGCAGUGCGUGCGACUGCUCUCUGGACACCUCCACCUGUCUGGCCAGUAACAAACAGAUCUGUAACGGUCGGGGCACCUGCGAGUGCGGCCAGUGCAAAUGUACCGACUUAAAGUUUCAGGGUACAACUUGUGAAAUCUGCCCAACCUGCCCCGGAGUCUGUACUGAACACAAGGAUUGCGUCCAGUGCCGAGCAUUUGGUACUGGUGAAAAGAAAGACACGUGUAAAGAACAAUGUAACAACUUCAUUCUUGUAAAGAAGAAGAAGAAGGAAGAACUUCCUCAGCCCAACGACCAGCCAUACAUCAAUCACUGCAAAGAGCGUGAUGCUAAUGACUGUUGGUUCUUCUUCACCUACGCUACUAAGAACGACAGCACCGUUGAGGUCCAUGUGGCAGAGGAACUUGAGUGUCCAGCUGGCCCUGACAUCAUCCCCAUCGUUGCGGGUGUGGUCGCAGGAAUCGUUCUGAUUGGUUUAGCACUUCUGCUCAUCUGGAAGCUGCUCAUGAUUAUUCAUGACCGCAGAGAGUUCGCCAAGUUCGAGAAAGAGAAGAUGAAUGCCAGAUGGGACACGGGCGAGAACCCCAUUUACAAGAGUGCUGUGACAACGGUGGUCAACCCUAAAUAUGAGGGCAAGUAAUGGACGAACGUGUCCAUCUUCCAGCAACACUGAAUGCAGAGCAGUUCAAGAGGAAUGGAAGAGUUGAACUUCACUGCGUUUAUUUUCUUUUUGUGUUUUUUAAAUCGCCUUUUGGCAGUGCAUUUGAUCGAUUAACCUGUGUUGCUAUGCAUCGUUUUGGAACUGCACAGUAUGUAUAAACUUGAGUUUUUACUUUAUGCAA